AUGACCUGCCACGGAGUUACUUCCCGUCACUACCCCAGCUCUCCGAGUUCCAAGAUCAACCUACCACUAGCCUGCGAAGUCCAAUCCCACAUCCCCGUCUACGAUCUCAUCGCGCUUGAAUCCACAGGCCUAACCUCAUACCUAAUCAACCGCCUCCAAGAUGAAUGGCACCACAUCCUCCACACUGGUCCAGGCAUUUAUGUGCUUCCAACCAUAUAUGCACCCACAAAAUACUCAACAACUCCAAACACCACAACCACCGCCUUCAACACGAUCAUCCCCCGCGAAGCCGCACAAUCUAACAAGAAAGGACACCACUUCGCUAAAUCCUUCUCAAAACACGCCCUCCAAGACCCAUCCUCCUUCAUCGAUUACUACUCAAAUCCCUGGCUAGCAGCAGUCGCUGAGUCGUGGCUGGGUCUGGCUUACCGCGUCACAGCCCAAGUCAACGCAGUGCACUCGGGCGGCACGGCACAAGAGACACAUCGCGACUACCACCUUGGUUUCCAGGAGGAAGUAAGCUGCAGGCGAUAUCCGGCGGCAACGCAGGUGACGUCACAGUUCCUGACGUUGCGGGGUGCUGUCGCGCACACUGAUAUGCCUGUCGCUAGCGGGCCAACGCGGUUCCUGCAUUUUAGUCAAACUUACAAACCUGAAUACUGGGCUUUCUUCCAGGACAAAUAUGUUGUAUUUCCAUUGAAUUUUGGCAACGGGUUGUUUUUCAAUCCGGCGCUUUUCCAUGCUGCUGGAGCCAAUCAGAUUGACACCCGAGAACGGGGGCUCAGACGUGUUGCGAACUUGCUACAGAUUAAUAGUGCGUUUGGGAAGCCUAUGGAGACAGUUGAUUCGGUGCCGCUUGUUAAAGCCACUUGGGAUUUACUGGUUGCGCGGUUUCGGGCUGUUGGGGGUGUAUUGGCGGGACAGGAACUUGGUCCUGGGAUGCACUCGUUGCAGCAGAGGGAGAUCAGGGCUUUGGUCCAGGCUGUUGCUUGA